AAACGGGGCUGGGGGGAGUAAGUUUUCCAUGUGUGUGUACGGCAAGGAGAUCAGGCGCGGGGUAAAACCGCCACCGGCGGGAGGCGCCUGACGACGCUUGGCGGCCGCCGGGCUCCGCCCUACCUCCGUAGGGUAUCCCGGCCAUGGAGAGCCGUGGCGGCGGGAGGGGCCCGGCUGGGCAGGAGGAGCUGUCGCUUCAGCAACCACUGCCGCCUGGAGAAGCAGGGGAGGCGGAGGCUGCGCUGCUGUCGUCGCCCGAGGCCGAGACGGUCUGGAGCUUCGUUGACGGCGAGAUGGAGGCGGUGGCGCUGCGGGACCUGCCCACCGCUACCAUCGCCUGCAACCUAGACCCACGCGUCUUUCAGGACGGCCCGUGCCGGGCCAAAUUUGAAUCACUGUUUAGAACAUACGACAGAGACAUCACCUUUCAGUAUUUUAAGAGCUUCAAAAGAGUACGAAUAAAUUUCAGUAACCCUUUAUCUGCAGCAGAUGCUAGAAUCCAGUUGCAUAAGACAGAGUUCCUUGGAAAGGAGAUAAAACUGUAUUUUGCUCAGACUUUGCACAUUGGAAGCUCUCACUUGGCACCACCAAAUCCAGACAAACAGUUUUUGAUUUCACCUCCUGCCUCUCCGCCUGUUGAUUGGAAGCAAGUAGAAGAUGCUACUCCAGUCAUUAACUAUGACCUUUUAUAUGCUAUCUCCAAGUUAGGACCAGGAGAAAAGUAUGAGCUACAUGCUGCAACUGACACUACUCCUAGCGUUGUCGUCCAUGUAUGUGAGAGUGACCAGGAAAACGAUGUGGAAGAAGAAAUAAAGAAACCCAAACCAAAAAUUAUUCAGACGAGAAGGCCAGAUUAUACUCCUGCCCACUUAAGUUGAACUGCUGUUGUUCAUCCAAGAGUACCAAGCAGACCUAUGCAAAGGAAACAUUUACUGUGGAAACAGCAGGUCACAGGUUUUGUGGCAACAGCAGCAGUUAGAAGUCGGAGAAAUUCCAGUACAUGUUAGAUCAGAAAAAAGAGGAAGUUUCAUCCUUAUUUUUGAUGCUGCGGGUUGGUGGAUGUCAUGAGUGUAUUCCCUGAUCACUGGGAAUGAAAGAUAGGCAGAAGAAAAAAACAUUUUGAGACAAAACAGGACGAGCUAGAUUUAUUUUUCAGGGGGUGUUUUGGGCCACUCUAUUAUAAAGCAGCUGGGGGAAGUUUUCUUUGUUCUGACUUGCAUAAAUCCUCAAACUAAUAGGUUAGUCAUUGUGUGGAAUACAUAGUGAUAACAGAGGUGGGUUUAAAGAUUCAGGUAUGGGAAUUGUAAACCUCUUUCUUAUAAUAGAUUUUGUGCAUGUGUAUUCUUGGUCUUCUCAAGUAACUGCGUUAUUUUCUAUAGUUUUUCACAUGUUUCUGGAAAUCUGGACAAUUGUUUAAAGUAUUUAUUAUCUCAGCAUCCCAGAAUUACUACUAAAUGUGUAUAUAUAUUUAUGUCUGUUUUUUAUUGGCACUCAUUGUCCAGCAGGCAUACAGUUUCUUUGGCACCUUAUUUUGGUGCCAUGUAGCUUAUGCUUUUUAAUAAUUUUAACCUUUUAAAUGUCUAUAUAGGGUUUUAUCUGGCAAAGUAAUGGAAAAAAACAAACAGAAGUGUAAUAGGAAAGUUAAGUUGAUUUUAAUUUAUUUAAGCUUAAAUAAUUUAUAUCUUCCAUAACAUUUGUUCAGUAGUUUUGACUUUCUCAUUUGGGGAAAAAAAAAAAGACAAAACCAAAAAACUACUCUGACAUAUAUGAAUAAGGAUAAUGUUGCAUAUUUACAGCAAUGUAAUUUUUCAGUGAAAAAAAAAAAAAAGGUCAUGGGGAGAAGACCUCUACUCAGUAUGUGAAUCUGCAUUGUUGUGAGCAAAGGUUUAACAGUGAUGGAACAAUUGCACACAGUGUGUAGAACAGUGAAGAGAGAUGGAGUGCCUUUUCCUCAUUCAUUCCUGAUGUGAACUGUUCUACAAGGUGCACACUUUUAUCUUUUUUUCUACUGGCUUUGUAUGUCCAAAAAUACAAACUUUCUUAGCUUUGCUUCCAAAACAAUCAGGUGUUUAGAAAUGCCUGAUGCCAAGUAAUGAUGCAUACUCAAGUAAUGGGUCUAUAUGGGAGAAGCUUUAGGGUUUUUUAUAUGUUAGUAUUUAAAGGCAGUAGCUUAUGGUCUGCAAGUUGAGAAGAACAAAGAUGACAGAAGUGUAUUUUGUUACUUGAUUUUUAAAAUGCAGAUCCUCACUUUGAAACAGGUCCCAGUGUUUUCUUUUUUCUUUUCUGAGAGAUACUAACUGAUACCUGUGGGAAAACAUCACAGUUUUAGAAAGGGGAUACUUGAAGCUUCUCAGCAUUUUUAGAAAUCAAAGCAUGGUUCUCUGUUGGUUUGCUUUUGCCACACUUGGUCUGAGAAUGACUUUUGUAGCUGGAGGCAUUGUAAAGAAAUCCAUUCUGUGCCAUUUGAAGCAAACAUUGACAGGUUCACAUCUUGUUUUUUUUAAAUCAAGUAUCUGUUGAAAAAGUAAGGUGCGCAAUGAAGCCCAAUCCAAGCUGUGAGGCGAUGUAAACGCAGUGUUACUGAAGGUCAUUGUAUGAAGCAAAAUAGAAAUUGAUGUCCUGUGACUACAGAAAGCAGGAGUAUAUUGAACUUCAUUAAUACUCAGUUAUGAUCUUGCCUGUGAUUGGUAUGCCCUGUGAACUGAAACAAACACUGAUACUUGGCAUCUGUCUUGAACCUAGCUCAAGUGGCACUCUCUCCAUCUUAACAGUAAGAUCUACUGCCGUGUGUUGCUGGAGCUGUGUUUUACGGACACGAGAGUGUGUAAGGUUAUGUAACUAAGGUAAUCCAUCAGCUGGGUACAAGUACUGCUGAUUAACACACAAGAUAAGUUAAAUGGACAGAAGCUUUGUAGGUUUGCCACAAUUACCUUUAAGGCUAUCUAAGACUCUUUCCCCCAGCAUGUUUCUCAAAUUAAUGCUGGACUUAGUGUUUCACUUCAUUCAGUUUCAAAAUUUUGGAAUCAUCUUUUUCUGUCCUUUUUUCCCAUCUUUUCCGUGAUUGUAAAUCAAAGCAUUAGUUCUGCAUUAGAAACCGAGGCAGCUGCUUUUCUAUUUCCUAGCAGUCCUCAGAAAGCAGUGCUGCCUUUCAGUUAAAAAGAAUGGAGUGUUAAAUACCACUGUGGUGUUUGUCAUUUUAGUACACUAUUUUCUACCUAAAAAGAUGGGCACUGGGAACCAUGGAAGUCUUGGGAUGGUUACAGUGUAUUUCCCUUUCUGAUGGUAGUUGUAAACAGAUGGAGAUAGUAACUUGCCUGUGUUUCUGGUUGUAUAUCCUGGCUUGUGCCACCUUCUGUUAUCAUUACUACAAUGUAUUGCUUGCUUUUCCUGUUUGAGUGGGAUUCCUUUUUUUUUUUUUUUUUUAAUGGUCAAAUGAAUGCUUAGUUGGUAUUUUAUACAGUUGUAUAGUAUGGGACAUAUUUAAUUAAAAUAUUUUGUUGUCUUCUUGUAAA